UUUCCUAUAUAAAUAACUUCCUAGUGCUUAACGACCCUCAGAUCUCUCCCAUUCUCUGCGCACAUACACACACACACACUCUUUUUCUCUCUGUGAAAAUGAGCGAUCUCAAGUCUAAGUUUUUGGAGGUCUAUUCUGUUCUCAAAUCUGAGCUGCUAAAUGACCCAGAUUUCGAAUUUACAGAUGAUUCUCGUCAAUGGGUCGAUAAGAUGCUGGACUACAAUGUACCUGGAGGGAAGCUGAAUCGGGGACUAUCUGUUAUUGACAGCUAUAGUUUGUUGAAUGAUGGAAAAGAACUAACCAGUGAUGAAAUCUUCAAAGCAUCUGCUCUUGGCUGGUGCAUUGAAUGGCUUCAAGCAUACUUCCUUGUUCUUGAUGAUAUAAUGGAUGGCUCUCAUACACGUCGAAGUCAACCAUGCUGGUACAAAUUAGAAAAGGUUGGCAUGAUUGCUAUUAAUGAUGGCAUACUUCUUCGCAACCACAUCAUGAGAAUCCUGAAGAACCACUUUAGGCCAAAGCCUUAUUAUGUUGAUCUUCUAGAUUUGUUUAAUGAGGUAGAGUUCCAGACUGCCUCUGGACAAAUGAUAGAUCUGAUAACAACACUUGCAGGAGAGAAAGAUUUAUUAAAGUACUCAUUGCCUGUUCAUCGCAGGAUUGUUCAGUAUAAAACUGCCUAUUAUUCAUUUUACCUCCCAGUGGCAUGUGCACUUCUUAUGGCAGGAGAGAAUCUUGACAAGCAUGUUGAUGUCAAGAACAUUCUUAUCGAUAUGGGAAUCUACUUUCAAGUUCAGGAUGAUUAUCUGGACUGUUUUGCUGACCCAGAGGUGCUGGGUAAGAUUGGCACUGAUAUUCAGGAUUUCAAGUGUUCUUGGUUGGUAGUUAAAGCUCUAGAACGCUGCAACGAGGAGCAAAAGAAGAUAUUAUAUGAGAACUAUGGAAAAGAUGACGCUGCUUGUAUUGCUAAAAUAAAGGCACUCUAUAAUGAUCUCAAACUUGAGGAAGUAUUUCUGGAAUACGAGAAGACGUCCUAUGAAAAGCUGACCAGUUCUAUUGCUGCUCAUCCAAGCAAAGCAGUGCAAGCAGUGCUACUAUCAUUCUUGGGAAAGAUUUAUAAGAGGCAGAAGUAGGAAAUAAAAUAAUUAAUGAAUUUCAUUUUCCCAUUGGGAAUGAGAUGUCUGUAUUUUUCUGCUUUCUUUGUCUUCUACUUUAGUUUGAAGUACUGAUGAUGGAUUGUUAUUUUUCAAGAAAUGGAAACUUUUAUCCUUUUUCA